AUGGUGGAGAAAUCUGACGAAGAAAAACAUUUUUCUUGGUGCUGUUUUCUUUUACAUCCGCCGUUGCUUUUUUUCCUUGUAGCCCUAGUUUCAUCUGUAGCUGUCCUCUGUUUCUUAACCUCUUGUGGAUUAUCUUCUCUCCUAAUAACCACCGCAGUCUUGUUCGUUUCCACUUCUGUUUUCUUUCUAACAUUUUUCAAGAAAAAGACAAGAGUUUAUUUGGCUAAAAGAUCCCAAGAAGAAGGCAAUGAUGAUGUUGAUGAUGAUGAUGAUGAUGAUGAGGAUGGUCUCAUUGAGAUUGCUCUUGUGAGUGAAGAAGCAGAUAUUGUAGAGGCAAUGAGGCACAUUAAUCAAAGCCGACAGAGAAUUAGAGUUGAGGAAGAAGAGAUUGAUGAUGUGAGUAUGGAAGAAGAUAAUCUUAUUGAGAUCGAUAUUUCCAUUGGAUCUAUUAAAAGACGAAGUAAAUGA